AUUUCCUCCUUCUUGCUCUGAGCCGAGGAAAGGAGAAAGGAAGGGCCACACCUCGGAGGCCGGAGCCUGCAACCAAAAGGAAAGUUUUCGGCACAGUUUUGGGGCCAAGACGAAAAAUUCGGGGGGCGAAAAAUUCAGAUUUCCUUCCCAAAACGACAAAAUAAUCUGUGCCACCUUCCAGGUUUCGUCCCGCGUUCGGACGCCCCGCAGCGCCAUUCCUCCGGCCCAAAGAGUCCUAAUUUGGGAUCGGAGACCCUUUCCGGCGGAGGGUCCACCCAAGAGAAGAGGAAAGCUGGAAGCCGCUGAGAGCAUGAGCGAUUUCUGGCACAAGCUGGGGUGCUGCGUCGUGGAAAAGCCCCAGCCGAAGAAGAAAAGGCGGCGGAUCGACCGGACCAUGAUUGGGGAGCCCAUGAAUUUCGUUCAUCUGACGCACAUCGGAUCCGGAGACAUGGCCAACGAGGGUCUCCCCAUGUCCGGAGCCGUCCAUGAAAUGAGAUCGAAAUGCGGCCGGGAACGACAGUGGAGCAGUUCGCGUGUUUUGUAGCUGUGACCGGAUGUUUGCGUGUUCUUCCUUUCCUUUCCAUGUGGAAGAAAGAAAGAGAUCUAGUUUUAUACUCCGAAAUGGCCUGCACUUGAAUUCCUUCUUUUGAUCGUCUCGGCAGCCAAAGACCUUGGGAAACUACAACUCCCAGGACCCCACUUUAGAGCAUUUUCCGUCCCGUCUUCGUCAUUGUCGUUUCCAUUCCCGACUUCUCCCUCCUGUCCUUUUGACUGGGUUUCUUUCGGGGUCUUUUAAAUUUUCCUAACGAGGUUUAUCCACUGGAUUGUUUUGUUUGACAUGGACGC